AUGCCUCCUUUAUUAGUAUUUCUCAUAUUGUUCGUAGAAUACUCUUGUUCUGCUGUUUGGAAUCAGUCUAAUUCCAAUUGUUCUCUACUAUUUACUGUUCAAGAAAUAAGCGUAUCAGACACGAUCGCCACUCACUUUCCGUUGAAACUUACCGGCUACUUUAAUACAUCGUGUGAUAUUCAAAACUUUUCUGCUUACUAUAAACUUACACCAUUGAAUGUCAUACUUAUUGGAGACACAGAACAGCAACAGCGAGAUGAUGAGGAUACUUAUUCGAUGAUCAAAUUGCAUGCAAAUCGGUUUAAUUUUUUUAUAAAUCAAUCUUCAACCAUUCGAUUGUGCGUCUUAUUAUCUGAUAAUGGUGCCCAAUAUCUGUGUCGACAGAUACAUAUCGGUGUUAAUGAACUAUACGACUUUUGGAAUAGGCCGAUGAAAGUAUUUUAUUUGGUAUUGAUAUCUUUAUUGGGCACUUAUCAUAUUUUGCGUUUUCUAAGACAUAAAUGGCGUAAAAGCGGAAAGAAAUCGAAACCCAAAGCUCGAACUGUUGUUACCAAACGCGUGUCAAUUCACGAAACUAAACAUGAUACAUUCGAAAAUGAGAAAGUCAAUGAAGAUUUAUCUGGUGACGAAGAUGAAGAAUAA